AUGACAUCGUUUGAGGAGAAUAGUGAGAAUAUGAAGGUAGUGUCACCACUCAAACCAAGUGUUGACGCGCGGAGUUUUUUCGAACAACUUGAAAAGCAGGAAGCGGCAAAGAAGCCUGUGGGAACUGCGCACUCUCGAGGUCUGCCUGCACCUGUCUCGGCCACGGCAAUCUCGUUGUCGGACAAAUGGGAAUGUAGUAAAGCUGGCUGCGGACAUAUGAAUUUUAAACAUGCGCCGGCUUGUAAUAAACAGAAUCAAGUGUCGCUUGCUUUUAGUAUUCCUUCAUCGUACUUAGCAGGCGUGCUAUUCAAAAAGGGCUCCGGCACGGGUCCAUUUGGACGUCGAAAUUGGAAACCGCGCUAUUUCGUUCUUACACCAUCGCGUCUCAAGUACUUUACAUUUGAAGAUGGCGAGCAGAAGGGCGAACUGAGUUUACAAGGUUGUGACGAAGGGGUUCUCGAGGUCAUGCCGGCCGACAGUAUGAAAACCGGUAGUUCAGCCUCAACGAUUUGGCGUGUCGCGAUAAAUGCACCUGAGCGUCGCUUGUUAGUAGCUGCAGGCACGGAAAUGGAAAUGAAUGAUUGGGUUGAUAAGCUCGUGAUGGCGUUUCGGAUCAAUGCAGGCCAACCGAUGCAGCGUGCAUCCAUGCCAGCAAUACCGUCGAGAAAUAGCAUCAUGUCGGGAAAUAGUGCAACUGGGAUACGGGAUUUUCAGAACUUUUCAGUGCCACGUCGGGGUGUAGGCCAGCGUCAUAGUACUGGUGCCGAUAUCAUACCGUCGAUGAAUGAGCAAGAAGUGCGAAUGGAGAGUAUGAAGAAACACGAGAGGGAGGAGAAGCAACGUUUGGAAGAGGAAUAUAUGCAAGAGAAAGUAUUACAACAGCAACGAGAGCAAGAAAUACAACGACAACACGAGCAAGAAAUACAACGACAACACGAGCAAGAACUGCAGCGUCAGGACGCAGAGAUGCGUCGACAGCUAGCAAUACAAAAGGAACAGGAAGAUGCAGCACUUGCAGCUGUGGUCAAGGAUGAACAACAGAAGCGCGCACAACAAAACCAUGCCCGAGAAAUGGAAAAUAUGGCGGACGAACGAGCUAUGCAGGAGACACGUAAAUCGCAGCCAAGCGAAGAUUUGCUUGAGCUUCAGCGUCGUCAGAAACGUGAAGAACACGCACGUGAACGAGCCGAGCGCAAGAAGGCGGUACAACUGCAUCAAGAAGACUUGGCCAUUCGCAUGAGUCUCCAAGUUAACGAUUCGAACUUAAUUGAAGACAACGAGUCAAACGUGUUGUCGGAAGGUCUCUCGACACCCGUGGUGGAUGCAUCAUUGGCUGCAGAAUCGAAUAAAACGAGUUUUCAAAGUGAUGACGACACGGCGCAAUUGUCGGCAGCCAUUGCACCGCGCUCGUCGCUUGUUGGCGACGUGAAGCGGGAGAUGAUUCAAAAACAGCAGCAAAAGCACCACCGACGUCGUGAGGCGACACUUCAACAAGAACAACAAGUACGGCAACAAGAAUUGGCUCGUGUCAAGUUAGAGACACAAGUCGGUACUCGUGAAGUGGAAGUUGCACCUCGAGAGAUUGAAGUUGUGCGACGGGCGCCUGUGAAAACUACAGUCGAACUGCCGUCCGCGCCGAUGGAGAGCUUUGAGUUUUAA